GGUUGCGGCGGGUUGAAUGUAAGAUGGCGCCCAGGGACCUGUGAGGGGAAAAAAGACGCGGGGCCUGAGGUGGCGACGGCGCGAGGCAGCAGAGGGGCCGGGAAUGUCACGAGUCUAAGAGUUCAGGACACGAAUAUCAGAAAUACAUACAGCAUGGUGCCUGGAAUCCUGAGUACCUUGCAAUAUGAAUAAUUCUUUGGAUAACACCAUUUCCUUUGAAGAAUACAUCCGUGUGAAAGCACGAACGAUCCCACAGCAUAGGAUGAAGGAAUUCCUGGACUCCCUUGCCUCCAAGGGUCCUGAAGCCUUACAGGAGUUUCAGCAGACGGCUGCUACCACCACCAUGGUAUACCAGCAAGGUGGCAACUGCAUCUACACAGAUAGCACAGAAGUGGCUGGAUCUUUGCUUGAACUUGCUUGCCCAGUUACAACAAGCGUCCAGCAGCAAACACAGCAGGAGCAGCAAAUACAAGUGCAGCAACCUCAGCAAGUUCAGGUGCAAGUUCAGGUUCAGCAGUCCCCUCAGCAAGUCUCCACUCAGCAGCUUUCUCCCCAGCUCACUGUUCACCAAGCCUCAGAGCAGCCCAUACAGGUCCAAGUGCAGAUCCAAGGUCAGGCGCAACAGUCGGCACCUCAGACGAUACAGGGUCAAGCACUUCAGAGUCCUAGCCCUUCUCAGUUGCAGGCGGCUCAGAUCCAGGUGCAGCAUGUGCAGACUGCUCAGCAAAUUCAGGGUGCCGAAAUACAGGAGGAACAUAUGCAGCAUCAGCAAAUCCAGGCACAGCUUGUGGCAGGACAGGCUAUUGCUGGGGGCCAGCAGAUCCAGAUCCAGACAGUUGGGGCGCUUUCCCCUCCUCCAUCUCAACAGGGCUCACCACGCGAAGGUGAGCGAAGGAUCAGCACCGCCAGUGUCCUCCAGCCAGUAAAGAAGCGCAAAGUGGAUAUGCCUAUUACUGUGUCAUAUGCUAUUUCAGGGCAGCCGGUUGCCACAGUCCUGGCUAUCCCCCAAGGCCAGCAGCAGAGUUACGUAUCGUUAAGGCCGGACUUGUUAACGGUGGAUAGUGCCCACCUGUACAGUGCCACUGGGACCAUAACCAGCCCUACUGGUGAGACUUGGACCAUCCCUGUUUACUCUGCGCAACCACGUGGCGAUCUGCAGCAGCAAAACAUAACCCAUAUUGCCAUCCCCCAGGAGGCCUACAAUGCCGUCCAUGUCAGUGGCUCCCCAACGGCCCUAGCCACUGUGAAGCUGGAAGAUGACAAGGAUAAGAUGGUGGGAGGUGCAUCAGUAGUGAAAAACUCUCAUGAGGAAGUGGUGCAAACCCUUGCCAACUCCCUUUUCCCAGCACAGUUUAUGAAUGGCAAUAUCCACAUUCCAGUGGCAGUGCAAGCAGUGGCAGGGACAUAUCAGAAUACAGCCCAGACGGUCCAUAUAUGGGACCCACAGCAGCAGCAGUCCACACCGCAAGAGCAGGGGCAGCAGCAGCAGCAGCAACACCAGCAGCUGCAAGUUACUUGCUCUGCUCAAACUGUUCAGGUUGCUGAAGUUGAGCAGCAACCACAGCCUCAGCCUUCACCUGAACUUCUCCUUCCACACUCUCUCAAGCCAGAAGAGGGACUAGAAGUGUGGAAGAGCUGGGCACAGACUAAAAACGCAGAGCUAGAGAAAGAGUCUCAGAACAGGCUUGCACCUAUUGGCAGACGCCAGCUGUUGAGAUUCCAGGAAGAUCUCAUAUCCUCUGCUGUAGCAGAGUUGAAUUAUGGGCUGUGCUUAAUGACUCGUGAAGCUCGCAACAGUGAAGGUGAACCCUAUGAUCCAGAGGUUCUGUACUAUAUCUUCCUGUGCAUUCAAAAGUAUCUAUUUGAAAACGGGCGAGUCGAUGACAUUUUUUCUGAUCUAUAUUACAUACGGUUCACUGAGUGGUUACAUGAAGUGCUCAAGGAGGUGCAGCCUCGGGUCACUCCUCUUGGCUAUGUUCUUCCUAACCAUGUGACAGAAGAGAUGCUGUGGGAGUGUAAGCAGCUUGGAGCUCACUCUCCUGCCACUUUGCUGACGACGCUCAUGUUUUUUAACACAAAAUACUUCCUGUUGAAAACAGUAGACCAGCAUAUGAAGUUGGCCUUUUCAAAGGUCUUGAGGCAGACCAAGAAGAACCCAUCCAAUCCCAAGGAUAAGAGUACGAGCAUCCGGUACCUGAAGGCACUUGGCAUACACCAGGCAGGCCAGAAAGUUACUGAUGACAUGUAUGCAGAGCAGACUGAGAACCCAGAGAAUCCCUUGAGGUGUCCUAUAAAGCUCUAUGACUUCUACCUCUUCAAAUGCCCCCAGAGUGUGAAAGGCCGGAACGAUACAUUCUAUUUGACUCCUGAACCAGUGGUGGCUCCCAACAGCCCUAUCUGGUAUUCCAUCCAGCCAAUCAGUCGAGAGCAGAUGGAGCAGAUGCUCACCCGGAUUCUGGUGAUACGAGAGAUUCAGGCAGCUAUUGCUGUGGCAAAUGCCAGCACCAUGCACUAAGGCAUCCCUCCCAACUCAGAAAAAGGGUGAGGGUAGGACAGGGUGGGAGGGGAGGCCAGGCCAUAAGGCCAGGAUCAAUUGUACAGCCUUUUACACUAAAGGAGAUGCCUAAGGUUUUUUUUCGGUUUUUUUAAAAAAUUGGUGUAGUUAUGAAGCCCUUUUAGGCUUCUUCUGUUUAAAGGAGACCCUCCCCAUUGUGUAUCUGACCCAACUGCAUCAGCCUUCUGGACGCAUUGGGGGCUGCGUUCUUUCUCUGGGAGCUGUGAGGUGCCGUAGAUUGACUUUGGGAUUUUUUAUGAUGUGAAGAAAAUGAAACAAAUCUAAUUGAGGGACUUUGCCUAGCUGGGCCAUUACUUUGGAACUCAUGAACUUGGAAAGAGCGGAAAAUGGUGGAUAUCGGCCAAGAGAGGCAGUUUGCAGUUUCCUUGUGCUCAGAAACUGACAUGUUCUGGAGGGGAGAGGAGAGUGACCUGCAAUUAUGAUUUAUAAGGAAAAAGAAAAACAAUUUCUAUUAAGAACUUAAAAGUGACAUUUUUAGAUGUUAAGUACAAACUACCACACUUCUCUCUCUCUCUCUCUCUCUCUCUCUCUCUCUCUCUCUCUCUCUCUCUCUCUCUCUCUCUCUUUCUUUCUUUCUUGGCCUGAUGUUGAGGCCUUAAAACCUUGAGGCUCCUGUGCCUGAUGGAAUUCUUGUAACAUACACUUGUGUAUCAUAUAAAGAUACCACCCUGUUUCUCUUAAUGUAUUCUUAUGCUAGUUGUUUAUUAAGAAUGACGAGCACGUCUUUUCAACAUG